AUGGCGGCGCCACUGAGGGCGGGCGACUGCCUCCAGACCAACGACAGCCUGCUGGACUGCUACUCGUCCCUGCUGGUGGCGAGCAAUGCGAGUGCUGCCAACCAGAGCGGCGGCUUGGCCCCUGGCCACGUGUACUUCGAGUACCCCGAGGAGAUGCUGGUGCCGUGGGUGAUCAAUGAGUACUUCUCCUUCAUCGUGGUCACCUACCUCGUCACCUUCGUGGUUGGCGUCAGCGGCAACCUGGUAGUCGUGUCGGUGAUGGCCGGGGACAAGGCGUCCCGCAACGUGACCAGCGUGUUCCUGGUCAGCCUGGCCGUGUCCGACCUGCUCCUGCUGACCAUCUGCGCGCCGCUGGACGUGGCCCACUACUUCGUGAUCCACUGGGACGCCGGGGCCACCAUCUGCAAACUGGCCGCCUACGCAGAGACCGUGUCCGCCUUCGCGUCCGUCCUCAACAUGGUCGCCGUAACGCUGGAAAGGUUCGUGGUGAUCGUGUUCCCGAUCCACUCGCGCACCGUGUGCACCAUGAGCAACUGCCAGCGCCUCAUGGUGGGCGUCUGGGUGGUGUCCCUGGUCGUCGCCCUGCCCAUCCUCUUCGUCAAGAACGCGGUGCAGACGACGUUCACGAACCUGCGUGUGAACGUGACCACCUUCACCUGCAAGGAGCUGAAGGACUGGCGAGGCCAGUCGGUCGCCUGGUACCGCUUGGUGACGCUGUUCGCUCUGCCGUCACUCAUCAUGGUCGUCUGCUACUCCUGGGUCAUCCUAGAGCUCUGGGUCAGCACCAAGACCAUGGAUCAGCUCACGCAGUCCGCCAAAUUCAGCUAUCAAUGCCAGGCGCCCGGAACCGGGUCCAGGCUGGGAGCCACGGCCGCCAACCAGCAGCCCAACUGCAGACUCAUCCUCAGGGGACACGCCAACUCGGACAUCAGGGACGUCAAGAAGGCCAGGCAACAGGUCAUCAAGAUGCUCAUCCUGGUGGUGGUGCUGUUCCUGCUCUGCUGGGGGCCCCGCCUCAUCAUGGAGAUCGUGGUCAAGUGCUGCCUGAACGUGUUCAACCACGGCGUGUACGCCGUGCGCGUGCUCUUCUACCUGCUGCCGUUCGUGCACAGCUGCCUCAACCCGAUCGUGUACUGCUUCAUGUCGAGCAAGUUCCGACGGCGCAUGCUGCGCUGCUGCCAGCGCACCUGCCUGGCCCCGCGGUGCCCGGCCAGGUCGGCCACCGCCGCCAGCCGCACGUCUUCGACCCGCAACGGCACGGCCAGGCUCGGGUCCACGUACACCUUCACGUCGUACGCCACGUCCACGGUGGCGCUUCCUUCGUCCGUCGGACCCCUCGCCGGAGAUCAGCUGGACUUGUGA